GUGCAAGUUAGUUAAGCUCAGCCCACACCUACUACUCUUGAUGUGAAGGAUAUAUGGCUAGAAGGAGGUACGACUCCGAGUGGGAGGAAGUGAAGCUUAUCAAUGGCUACGCCAUGCUUCUGGCGUACAUGUGGUUCGCCUUCAGAGGCAUAGGGUACCUGGUGGUCACAUGGACCACGGUGGUUCUUCUCGGCGGAUUCGUCUCCAACAUCGACAAGGAUGAUUUCUGGCGUCUCACGCUGAUUAUCCUUGUGCAGAUUCUCUGGUUAGUAUACAUCUUCUCGUCUCACGCAUCUCUAAUAAUAAGAAUGCUCAAUCAAGUACAAGGGCCCGUUUUUGGGAGAGUUAAGAUAACUGGUCGAGAACGAUGGUCGAUCGACACCACCUCGACUAGCUGGUCUGGUCGAGAACGACGGCUGGUCAAUGUGGCCUCGACCACAUUAGUAUUUGUGUUGAAGCAAAGUUGGGCGGAGCCAGUUAGGUAGCUGGGUGUACAUCUGCACAUCUGCACAGCCUUUAUUUGUGCCAAAAAAAAUCAACAUCUUAGGUGUAUACAAUUCUAUGCAGCACCUUGUUUUUUUUAGACAAGUAUGCAGUACCAUGUGGAUAUAAGGAUUGACAAUGUAGUUUCAUUUAGCCCAAUCAACCUUAUCAUUUCCCUCAAAAGCCCAUUAUCUAAGCACAAAGCCCUCCCGAUGACAGCUACAAUUUCCCAAUUGAUUGGAAUUCCAGAGUGAGGCAGCUAGGUUGUGUGCCCUUUCUGCCAAUGGUUGACCAGUGGUAUUUUUUUCUAUACACCCAAAUUCGGAAUCCUGGCUCAGCCCAUGUCUUGCAACCACCAGAGUUUAGAAUUUCCUGAACACAACAAUCCGGUCAUCAUCGAAACAUCUUAAAGUUUGGAAAAAUUUGAAAACAUUUCCUUUGGUAGAAAAGCACUCAAAUCGACUGACCAAACUAGCGGAUAUCGAAAAUAUUUAGGAUGAAUUUUGUUAAUUUAAUUUGGUUGAGAUCUAAUCUUAUAAGGUCAAUAAUAUUCCGAUGCUCGUCAAAAUUAACAAGCUUCAUGGAUUUCUUUCAAAAUUUGAACCAUGGUCCAUGGCUAUGACAAGGAGUGGAGUCUCGGGUGCUUAGCCACGGGAGGAUCUGUUUGACAUUCCACAUCACAUCUUUUCUUUGUUUUUGACAUCACAUUUAAAACACGUGUGCUGUACUACUAUCCAGUCUUCAUUCCAUGUUGGAUUCUCCAUCGGGAACUACAAUAGGUAUAGGUAGAGUUUGAAUUUGAAAAAAGAAGGUAGGUGAGGUUUGAGGCUAAAGCCCAUAGAUAGGUAGCCCCUUUCCGGGGCGGGCCUUAGGCAUGCCAUGGAGUGGGCCUUUCCAUGGUGGUUUGUGAUUUUACAUAUUAGAUACCUUUUCGAGUGUAAAACAAAUACGUUUUCAAGGCGCUUUGUUCAGUUUACUCACCUCGGAAAUGACUUUUUCUGCGACGUCUUCUGUAUGCAUGCCAGCCUGAAGUGUUGUAAAAUAUUGGCAGAGCAAACCCUGCUCUUAACAGUCAUAGCCCCUGCACACAUAAAACGUCAAUUUGACAGCCAAAGUGUUGGAAGCACAACAUAACGCACCAGUUCAUGCACAUCACGCGCAUGAUAUAAACAUCAAUUCAUCAACCAAUUUCAUACAUCACAUAAGCAACAAAUUUAGUACAAUACAAAGAGUAUUGUGGCGGUAUGCCAAUAUAUACAGUAAGGAGCAUUGAUGAACUCCUAGGGUCAAUUUUGGUAGUAACAUUGUCGCGUGGAAAUGACUUUAUAGGAUUUGUUAUCAAUGAAGACACUAAUUGAGAAACAAUAGUGUUCAAUUAUAUCAUUCAAAUAAUAGAUGAAGGGGAGUCUUGGCGCAAUAAAGUUGUUGCCUUGUGACCAUCAUGUCACGGGUUCGAGUCCUGAAAACAGCCCCAUGCAGAAAUUUGGACUAUGGCUGCAUACAAGAGACUCAAAGUGGUUGGACCGUUCCUCGGACCCGAUGCAAGCGAGAGUUACGUGCACGGGCUACCCCUAUGUCAUUGAUGCCAGCAUAGUCAUGUUAUAUGACACCAAAAAUUCAUGCAAGGGAGACUGUAUAAUAGCCGGAUUACAAACCGUUGGAUAGUUAGAAGAUAGUAAGGGUUAAUAGAUAAAGAAGGCUUCCUAAAAAUCAUGUAGUCAAUCUUCUGUCGACAUGUGAAGGGAAUAUUGAGACGAUGGGGCAUGCAGUCAAACUUAUGUGCAGCUUCGUCUAUCAUCAUAUAAACUGAUUACUGAGACACUUCAAAGGAAAAGAGUAUUAUUUUUGUCAUGAAAAGUAUUUCAAAAUUAUGCACUUUAAUUUCUAGGAACAUAUCAAUAUAUAGAUAACAUUCCAAGUUGCAGCUUGAAAACUCUAAUUUCACAAGGAGGGAGUAAAUGAAAGAAGGCGAGAUCUAGACAAAACAGAGAAGAAAUUUUCAUUGCUUAGGGAGAAGAGAGUCUUCUUUUAUGUUCCAAACGUAUAGUAUGAAUAUCUGUAAAAUUAAAAAUGGAUCCAAAAAAACUCCUAAAGAUGUCGUCCUCACAAAUACGUAUGUUUUGUUGCUUAAUCUUGUUUCACAUCACUUGCUUAUAUAUAGACUGGCAUGUAUCUAACUUUGAAUGCGCGUACAAACAUCAUCAAUGUUUCAUUCGGUGAAAGGAUGACUUCUGCUGCUAAUCUGGUCUGGAGCCUGAGGGCGGUGAAAAUUUUAGUGACGCCCAACCGGCAGCUGGCUGAUAAUGCAUACGGUAAUCGCCAGGUACUGGCAGUCGUUAGGGAAGUUAUUGCAGCGGUGGUAGUGCUGGUUCACGCUGUGGUAUUGUCCUUCUGCCUGAACUUUCUGCAGUUGCUCAUGAUCUGUGGGCUGUUCAUCACCAUCUGGAUAUCGGUACGCGGUCUCAUGGACCACGACCAUUACAGCGACAAGCCUGAGGAGAGAACAAACAUGGAUCCAGCGCAUACUAUCUUGUACACCAUGUGUGUGGUCCAGGGUGCAUUCUUCCUUUAUAGAAACAUCUUGUUGCUUUGGUUGAGGAGGGUAGUGAAACAAGUGAGCCAAGCUUACGGCUUCCAAGAUGGUGAUUGUGCAAUUUCAGGCUACUUCUUCGAAAUCAGUAGGGGAUGCUCGAAGAACCCAUCCUCCGUGAGAGGAAGGAACCUCGUCACGUAUGCUGUAGAACUCGUGGAGUCCAGCUCGCCCCUCGGUGGCAACUGCCUUUCCGGGAUAUUGAUACUGGACAGACUACUCACCCGGCAGCAUUCGGACAAGAUUAAAGCCCCUAAUUUGGUCAAACGAGAAAAAGGAAAUCAGCGGCAGAAGCUAUCAGAUUUAGAGGGCAAUAUUGGAGCUUCUUUGGUUAAAAUGGAGAAUAAAGAGGAGAAUAAUCAGGAGAGGAGGGAGAAGAAGAGGCAGGGGAGGAAGUGGUGGCAGCAGCAUCGUCCUCGAACAGAAGAGGAGAUCAUUGUGCAACAGCGCAGGGUGAUCAGGCAGCUGAUCGGAUCUACAUCUUCUGCUCACAUUCUGCAGAAACUGCUUCAUGCACUAGAUUCAAGCCACUCAUAUGACCAAAAGAAGAGGGAGGCCGCUGCUAGGAUAGUGGAGCACGUCGCCAGUGGGAUUCGUCUGGAGCAGUUCCCCCAAGGGAUCCAGUACAUAUCUUCACUUAUCAACACCUUCGAAGAAUACCAACGGCUCUUACCACACCAAUCAUCGUCAAAGAGAAAUGAAGCAAGUGUGGCAACCCAGCCACUAUCGUCGAAAACAAACAAUGGUCAAUAUCAGGAACAAGGCAGGUGUAGCAGCAGUAGUGGCACUUGUUUAUCGCCAUCAAAGUCAGAGUUGGAGUCGGAGUCGGAGUCAGAAUCAGAAUUACCCUGGGAUAGCGACUUGGACAUCUAUGCAUGGUUAUUUCCCAAGACUAAGAAGAGGAACGGAAAUACCAAUCCGUUCCACGGCUACAAAGAACUGGUGCUAACUGGCCUGCGUAUCCUUUGGAGUCUUGCAGACAGUGCGGACAACUGCACAAUCAUAAGCAAGACCAAAAAUCUUGUCUGCAAGAUCAUGGCGCCUGUUAGCUACGACCUAGUGCACCGCACACAUCAUAGUGCAUGGUCCACUAGCGUAGUUGAGGGAUCGCUGAGGGUGAUGCUCCGGCUCGUGGCCGCGGAGGGAGAGACUAGGGUCAAGCUGCGCCGGCAGAUCUCGAGCAACAAGAAAGCAAUCACCACAAUCGGAAGAAUCGUCAAGUGUGAAGAAUGCCAGGGCAGGGAGCUGCAGAUGAACGCCAUGCAGAUCCUUACGCAACUAUGUAUGGACGAAACUGAAAGCAGAGGAGAUUUCAUUAAGAUGCUGGUAAGCAUUAAAGACAGUAUAACCGAGCCUAAAGCGAGCUCUCUCAGCGAUUUGGAUUUCUGGCCGUCCAUUUUCGUGAUCUAAACGUUUCUGACCGUCAGAUCUAAUGUGUAAAAUCAUCACUCCCUCAACUGGCCCGGCUGUCCUAUCCUAUGGCCUGCUAUUCCAGAGGCCGAAUCCAAGCCAUGUGGUAAACUGGGCCGGUUAUGCCACCCAUUAAUCUAACACCGUCGUUCUCGCUCGACAGGGGAUGUGGAUCGUCCGCUCAUUGUGCUCACUGCUCGCUGGACAGAGGAGGUGGAUCGGUGACAGGGGAAUCCAGCCGCCCCCGACGCGCGCGACGCGCUCGAGCAGGAUGGUGAAACGCGCGAGCCGUGCCGGUCGACGCAGGCGAGCCGUGCCGGUCGACGCAGGCGAUCCGUCCAGGUGACGGCGUGAUGAGCACGCGAUUUGGGCGAAUCCAGCCAACAUGCUUGAGCGGGAUCCAAGACAAGCGCGCGGCGCUGCCGGCCGCGACCACGAUGACUUCGAUCCAGCGGCGGACCGGGCACUUUUCAUACUGUUCAUCUCUCUGUCCACGUGUCCUGCCAGAGUUGAUUCCAGCCGCUAGCACCAACUCUCCAGCUUGGGUUCGUCCACUAAGAAUUCAAUCACCGGCUGCUAGCACUGCUCUCGGCCAGAUGGUUCGGCAGCCUAUGUACCUACAGGAAAAUCCUCCUUCUCGUUAUGACAGAGAUUUUUCUUGGGGUUUUAAUGUGUGCAGGCUACGGGUGACAAGCCGGUGGUUCCAUCAGUUAGAAGUGAAGCGUUUCUUGAUCUCUUUUCUCUGUCAGGUCAAAUUACAAUAAUAUUUUUCUAAUGCGAUUUGGAAAGUUUUAUCAAAUCCAGUGAGCAAAUGAGACUGCAAUACUUGGUUUGUGCUCUAGAAUUAUAAGACUUGCUUAUAAGUCCUGCUUAUCUUUUUCAUGUGAACUAUAAUUAGUAGAUGAAGGGCAUGUUCUGUACCAUGAUUUAUGAUUUGGCUUGGCACAUAAGUGACAUCCAAGAGAGGAUAUUCUUCUAACUUUACUUUACAAUGUGAGUAUAUCCUACUCUAAAUUUCUCAUGUUCAACCGGCAGAAUCUGCUCUAUUUUGAGGUUUCUAUCAUUAUUUCCAAACUGUGCACCUAAGCGUAGGAUAAAAGUAUUCAAGUUAAACAAGUUGAUAUUUGAUUAUCAGGCGAUGAAGUAGAUUCAUAAUAUGUUGACUGGUGCAGUACGAAAGUGGACAAAAGUGAUUUUAUUGGGAUCCAGCUGACGCAUUCGAGCGAGAUCCAAGUGAAACGUGCAGCAUUGCCAGCCACGAUCAUGACCUGCUCGAGUGGGAUUCCAAGAUGACUUACCUGCCAGCGGAACCCAGCGUCUAGGGAUCGCAAAGGUGAGCAGUCACACAUCCACGAGGUUGCUUCUCUUCGAGUUCAUCGGCCGCCUUGGGGUCCUGGGUAACUUGUCCUGGUAAGCUCCUCUGCAACACCACUCCCCUCGAGCCAGGCACGACGUUUGAUCAACACGCGCCUCCACUCUCCUAUGGGCUACAGCCGUAGCUUCUUCCCGCAACCCACAAGGCUGAAUAUCAAAUGAUUGUCCAUUUGUCGUACUACAAAGCAAUGCGCAAGUAUAGAAAAUUCAGCCAAAUAAUUAUCAUGUCAUGCUCACGCUAAAUCACAAACACACUGGAGGUGCACCGUCAAACAAAAGUAAGUCCCAAUACAUGCCAAAGUAUACACAUCUUUCUGUCUAACAUGGCAGUUUGAGAGACCCAUAGCUUCUGGUAGAAAAAUUGGAGAAAGACAUACAUAUUUACUGGAAGUGUUAUUCAUGUCUUACAUGCUUGCACAUUAAAUUGUAGUUUAUGCUAGCUUAAUUUGUAGUUAUGUCAGUAAACACACACUUCAUAUGUUCUCCCUGUGCCCAAAAAACCUUAUCUUUAAGACCAAGUGCAUAUGCAUCAUACAAUGAUGGGAAGUGUUAGAACAUGUAGCCAGGUAGGCAGGUGGUUAUAUUCAUCUGGCCUGCCGUGGUUCUGGGAUGUUUGCUCCUGCUGAAUUGUUAAUUGUGUAGCAGUAACCAUAUUCUCGAAGCAACUUGUGUAUAGAGCACCCAAAAAUAAAAAUCAACAUAGACUACAAGUGUCGCUGGACUGCAUCUGAAACAUAUUUACGGAAAUUUAUAGAGUAAAUAGAAUGGAAUUCAUCAUAACUCACACCGCAGUGGUUUACAGUUGGUUCAUGAAUGCAAAUAAAUAGAUUCGAGUAUGUCUAAUCAUUGCAGAACCAACUAAUAUUCAGUCAGACAAUAUAUUGUAGUGAUUAUUAGUGCUUAGGUAACUUAUGGUAUAAUUGAUGUUCAAUAUUACUUCAUAGAAGAUCAUAAUUUUUCUGUAUUUACCUGCUCAGUUCAUUUAUAUUGCAAUCAACUAUACCAAAAGAAUCUGUCAAUCUAUAGUGGUACUGGAGUAUAUAGAAACUGAUUAAAUAGUGUUGCUAGCACUAAAAUGGCACAAAGAGAUACAGAAAAAAAAAACACUUCUGAGGUGAUCAUGACCAUUGUGUAAUUCAGAAAGUUGAUUAUGUUACUUUUAUGUAGUGUAUCUUCCAUGGUGACAUAAUCUCUGUCAAUGUUUGUACAGCAAAGCAUGUACUAAGUUCUUUGUUGAAUGAAGCCUACAGUAUUCUGAGUCUACCAGUGAAGCCUUUUUGUGGUUAUAUACAAUAUCUCAUUUUUCUAAGAGGCUGACAUAUAUUAUAAAGCGCCACAAUAAUUGAAGACCAACAGGAACCGAUUUUUUUGGGCAUACUUUAAGUGCAACCACACUGCAGCUUCUCAAGAAAUAGACGGGCGCAGCAACGCGCGCCAUCGAUGAUCUAGUCUUUGUUAAUGGUGAUACUAGUGACGGGUCCAUCAGAGGUACUGCAGGUAAAGGACUGGUGCUGUUUUUUGGGAGCAAAAACGUUGCCACCAUCUUCCCCAAGGAGAACGAUGCCUCCGACUUUGCUGGUGCUCUGGUGAAAAUAGUUUCAGAUGAUGAGAUCAACACAUGCAGAAAAACUGCAGCAGAAAUUCUAGAGCAUCUAUGUAUUCAUUACAAUUGGAAUGAUGAUUCCCCGCAAAAAAAAAUUGGAAUGAUCAAUAUCUCGGUACACUCAAGAAUGCCAUGACGGGUGUGAUGCCAAGGGUGCUUAGAGAAAUACUACUUGGUUUUGGGUCGACAGGAAAAGCAGGAAAACCCACGUAUGCCAGACCAGGUACCGACGUCGAAAGCCAAGUCGCUGUCGAUGGUAAUGCUGUUUUAGAAGUAAAUGUCAGUAACAACAACAACAACAAUACUUCAUCGUCUCGGCAAAACCAACACCACAAGUUGCAUCUUGCCCUUCUGUCCCUCUGUGUGACGGCAUGUGAGAAAUUACACCUUGACGUCAAUGCAGUUUCGCCGGGAGAAGGAGACCAAGGAGAUCGAGGAGAAGGUGUCGCAUUCAGGUUUGCGACGAAGUUGGUACAGUUAAACAGGGAUCUCAUGACCGCCGACAGCCUGACAGUGAUGAAGCUUACGACCAGAAUGGUGAUAGCAACCAUGAAGAAACACAUGGUGGAUGGUCGCAGCACCAUCGCCAAACGAGCUGACCUGCAGAGCCUCAUGGAUUUGCUCUCCAGCGUUUCAGAGGACAUGGUGGAUCUCGAGAGCUGCAUGGUUUUUGCCACUGGAACAAGGACAACGACAAUUCCUGACAACACUGAAACCCUCGAGUCCAUCGUUAAACUGGCAUCGAAACUCCACGGCCAAAUUAGGGGCCAAGACUCUGAAAUAGAGCUAGCUAGCUAGCUAGCUAGCUCUCUCAGAAGAAACAAGCUAAAUUAUUUGAUAUUGAUUUGCUUCAGACUUUCUUUUUAGACCUGUCGAACUUGUACUAUACGAUGGUGUACUACUUCCUCUAUUAACUUUUAUAAGACUUUUUAGAUCACUACUUCAGUGAAAGACUUAUAAAAGUUUAC